AUGCUAUUAUAUAUUAUCGUAGCAUUUGCAUUUUUAGUCUAUGUAGGGAUUGGGAUAAUGCUCUACAAAAGAAGAAAAGAGAGGAAUAUAAAAUCUAGAUCUCCUGUAUUGAUUUAUAUUACACAUUGAUCAAACUUAUUGGAGACUUUAUUAACAUUUCCAAUUAUAAUAGAAGGAUAUCUCAACCCAUAUGAACUUGACUAUUAUGAAAAUCGGCUCUAUCAAGUCGCAGCUUUAAUAGCUCAUUAUCUUGUGUAUUUUCCCUAUAUUUUGAGAUGCUAUAGAUUGUAUUUUAUUUUCCACUUACCCCUUACGAGCAAACAAAAUAAUUUUGUUCGCUCACAAGGGGUUAAUCUUUAUUUUUGAAAAUUUAUAAAUAAAUUUUAUAGUAAAUUUUUUUUUCGAAAUUUGAAAAAAUCCAAUUCGCAAGCGAAUAUUUAUUUAAUUUGAAAAAUUUAUUUUCGAAAUCAUUUAAAAUUAAGCAAGAACUAGCUAGAGAUUUCGUUAUACUAAUUAUCACUUAUAUAUCAAAAAUGUUUUUUCAUAAAAAAUAUAUACAUUUCAAACAUUUUGUUCGCUCAUAGGUUUUUGGGGCAAAAAUAGGGGUUUUCCAAUUGUUUUGUUCGAUCAUGGAGGGGAGCUAGAUAAAGACUGAGAAAUACAAAAUAAUCGAUUUAAACAAAAUAUUCAUAGAACUCGACAAAGAUGGCUUGUAAAAAUGCUUUGUUUCUGCAUGAUACCAGUCAUUACAGCUUGCAUUAUAUGCUUGUUUUGAAAAGAUGCUGAUAAAUAUUUCCCAUUAAAUUUAAGCAGACCGAAAAAUGAUUGGGUUGAUAUUCCUGAUUGUGUUUACACAUUUGUUUGUUUUACUGAAGAAUUAAUUAUGAUAGCUGGAAUAUAUGCAAUUAAAGAUAUUAGCGAUGAUUUUAAUAUGAGUAAUGAACUGUUCUAUGUUGGAAUUAUCUGAUUUUUAACCCCAGCAUUUUCCAUAUACAUUAGAUCAUCUAAAGUUAUUUGAGCUAUUCCUUAUGUAAUAAGAAAUAUUUUACUUAUGUUAAGAUCAUCAUUAGUUCCUGUUAUAUGAUCGUUUUUCAAUAAACCUUUAUUUGAGCCUCUCACGAUAGAAAUGCUAAGCUCUUUAGAGCUGACAUUGCAAAAUGCGGCCACUUUGGAAGCUUUUGAAGAGUUCCUAAGACUUGAAGAAUUAACAACAACUCGAAGUUUUGGAUCCAUAAACUGUGGUUCUGGAUUAAGCAUGCUUGAAUUUUAUUUAAAAUGCAGACUUUUUGCUAAUAGUGGCAGCUCGAACUUAGCAGAAAACAUAUUUGAAGAUUAUUUAGAAACAAAAAUAGUUCAUAUUCCAGCCGAAGUUUAUCUUGAAAUAGAAAAUGGCGAUUUCACCGAUGCCAACCUAUUUAACAAAGCAGAAAAUUCAGUAAUAGAAAAGCUUAAAACUUAUUUUUACCCUAAAUUCAUGACAAGUGACCAAUAUUUUUUCCUUAAAAGACUUAUACAUAGGCAAGAGAUUUAUCAAUAUAGACUUAUGCAAACUUCUCUUCACGAAUUCCAAAUUAACGAGCACAAAAAAAUGGUCGUAGAGUGCGAUGAUUGGCCAGUUCCGACUUUAGAUUAA